GCUCAGGUCUUGUCUCGCGUACCCGUCCGAUCCACUGAGCUUUCGGUUCAUUUUUCUUUUUCUUUUCCUUCCUCUUUUCCUUUUUUUUUUUUUUUUUUGGUUCAUCUUUCUCAGCCGCUUGGUUUAGGAUUCUCAUGUCCAAACCCAUCCCAGCGCCGCGCAAUCUGCGUGUGACUGGCGCCCCGUCGUCUGCACCGCAGGCCUUGCCAGACGCGCGCCCACGAGGCUCGUCGUUCCAACGCACCAAGCGAGCCCUCUCUGGCUUUUUCCGAACCACUGGCGUCGCGCCUGGCGGACCUGCCGCGGUUGUCGUGCCUACGGGUGCUGCUAUUGAGGCUGAGCCCGGGACUUACAACAACGACGACGACACUCCUUCUGUUGACCAGGAUCAGCCGCAAGUCGAUGUCGAGGCACCCGCUGCUGCCGAGGUGGUGGCUCCUCCUCCCAAGCCUCCGAAGCCGAGCAAGCGAGCACCGCGCGCAGACGCGUCGGACGCUGCUGCUCAGAGCGCGCUCAACACGCAGCUGACUGUCAACCCGCUCGCCAACACGUCCUCCCGCGCCUCCUCGAACGCAAAUCUCCACGAAAUCCCGUUGGAUGUCUUUGAUCCCAACAUGAAGGCCGAUCAGUUCCACCACAAGUCCCAUCGCGCCUCCUCGACGGCCUACCCGACCAAGAGCUACUAUCUGGGCCCGAGCUGGCUGCCCGCGCCGCUGCGCUUUGAGCGCGAGGCGGCUCGUCGCAACCGAUGGUGGCUCAUUGGUGCGCUGCUGAUUGGCGUGCUGCUGGUUGUCGCUCCGAUCGCUGCGUACUACGGCAUGAACACAACCUCGAACGACCAGGCCAGCGAGGUCGUGUCCAACGCCUAUGCGAGCGCCUUCUCGAUUGCUCCCGACGGCUCAACCACCGUCACCGCAGCUUCCUUCCUCGCGGCACCGUCCUUUGCUCCCGCGCUCUCUUCCCUGCUCGGCACUUCUGCAAUUGUCUUCCGCAACGUCUCAAACAUUGAUCCCGAUACUGUCCUCAACACGUUUGUCCGUGACACGUGGAUUACCGAAGUUGCCUCCCUGCUUCCCUUUGCAGUGGGCCCCUUGUCUCGAUCGUUCUGCGGCAACGCAACCUUGUACGGCCUGGUGAACACCAUGUGCUGCGUGAGUGUCACUGCAGAUCCUUCCAACCUGCUCGGCCUGACGUCCAAGUCCAUUAUUUCGCCCAAGGAUGUCCAAACAUUCCUCUCGUGCGACUUCGACGCGUCAUGGAACCCUUCAGCACACCUCCCAGGUCUGUCUGCAGCCCUCAAUUCCCGCCCAAACUCUUGGUUUAACUCGCUACAAAUCACCUCUGCCGGAAAGUUUGUCAUUUCGACGACCUCUGCCUCACUUGACGGACUCACCAUUCAACCUGGUGUCAACAUUUUCGCACACGGUUCUAUCCUGUCCCCGCCCGCGAGCGUGACGGCGGCCCUUACUCCGCUCCUGAAAAACCCCAUCGGCUCUGUGGACUUUGUGUUGCAUGCUGCCUUCCCGUACAACGCGGCAACAGACACCUUCACCGUCACGGAUGCCUCUUUCGACCUUGCCUUCGAAACCACCGACUUGCAGUUCGGCUCGAACUUUGCCUCCGGCUCAUUCUCGCUCAUUGCCAACGGCAUCAGCACCAAUCCGACGUACCAGGUCGCUGGAUCGGUGGCUCUCAAGAUUGCCACGGAAUCCGGCACUCCGUCCACAGUCAACCUCGCUUUCAGCGCUGAUUACGCUGCGAACGAGCCUGUGACCUUCACCGGAUCGCUCACUGGCGCCUUCCCCGUGUUUUCGAACGCUGCGUGGGCUCGUAUCGACUCUGCCAUCGUAUCGGGCGAGUUUACUGCUGCGCCUGCCUUUGCGCUGUCGUACCUUGACUUUGCUGGCCGUGCCACUCUGUCUGUGGGCGAAUUCUCUGGCAGCGCUCGUAUCUACGCCCGUGUUGAGAAGAAUGGCGGCUCUUACGCGCUCGGCGUGUAUGCGCCGAGUAUUCAGCUGACCAACUUGGGCAACGUGAUUGCUUCCCGUGCGCCGGGUGCUGUUGCGGAUGUGGUUCGCGUGCUGACCAACGGCCGAGUGAUUGAUUUGUCGCUGGCUAGUGCCGACAUGACGAUUGCUGGGUCUGCCGUCAAGCGCGGCCUUGGUGUGACUGUGAAUGGCGUCCCGCUUCGGGAUGCCGUGCGCUCAGAGUUGACGUCUGCCAUUUCGUCUGCGUCCUCCCGCUUGGCCACCACCACUGUUGGGGUCUCUGCGUUCUUGCCCUUCUUUGCUCCUGGCUCCUCCUAUGUCGUCCAAGUUGUUGUACCGUCGUACGAUGUGGAUUCUCGUCUUCGCUUCAGCAACAUGUUCUUUGCCCUGACCGUUUCGUCCUCCUUCUCGACGGCCACUUUGAACUUUGGCGGCAUUGCCAACGUGUUUUUGCCCGGAUCCCAAACUGUCGUUUUCAACGUGGCCGGCUCGUACACGUCGGCCACGCAAGUGUUCACUGCCACCGGUGGACUGGCCACGCCUUGGAUGCGCCCGUUCGGCCUGACCGUGCUGACUGUUCAAUCGGCCACGGCCACUGUCACCCUCGCACCCAGCGUUGCCAACAUUGCAUUCAGCACCUCCCUGCGCCUCGAGUACGCCGACGCCCGUCCGUCUGUGACGCUCAGCGGCAGUUACGAGAAUGGCAAAUUCUACAUCUUCACGGACGGCGGCGUCGCCAUCUCGCCAGUCAUUCCGUCGGACGUCAAGCAGUUCAUUGAUGCCGACGGCACCGUCUUUGUGUACUUGUCGACGGCAGACCAGUCCCUCGGUGGCCGUCCCGUGUCUCGAGGUCUCACCAUGGCUGCCGACAAUGUCUCGCUCAAGUUUGGCUCGUCGCCCAUUGCGCAGUCGGUGCAAAACAUUCUCGGCGUUGCCAUCCCCAACCCGAUUCCCAGUCUGCAGAUUACCCUUCCCGUGUUUGGAUCCAUGGCCACAGGGUCCCCGCGCCGCGAUCUCAACAGCGCUCUCUUGGAUGCCUUUGGCAACCGCAUCGACCACAUCUGGAAUGCCAAGAUGCGUCUGCCCGACCUGUCCUUGUGGGACGGCAAGCUGGCCCUGCGCAACAACACGCUUGGCGCUUCGUUCAACGCGGCCAACGUGGCGAGCACUCGCUUUUCGCUCGGCUCCUCCCUCGUCUUUUCCAGCGGCGGCUCCCAGUUCGUCCUGGUCGGCAGUGCCGACCUCUCGCGCGAUUCUACCUCGUUUACCAUUGCCGGCAACCUGCCAGAGUGGAACAACCCUCUUGGUCUCUCGUGGCUGCGCGUGGCGAGCACCUCGAUUUCGGCAACCUUCUCAUCCUCUGCGCCUUCCAGCAACCGCUUUGAUGUGGCCACCCGUUUGCUGUUCGGGUCGUCCGUCAACGUUGCCGUCCGUGGCCAAAUCGCCAGCGGCGGCAUGUACCUUGCCGUCUACGACAUUAACGCCGGCGCCGUCGCGGCACUCGUCAACCACGCGUUCAAAAACCUGGCCCCGAUCCCCAACGCGGACGCACUGCAAGCUCAGCUGAGCGGCCUGAACCUGGGCGUCUCCAUUUCGACCAACCCCACUCCGCAGCAGCUGGUCUCUGGCGGUGCAACGUAUGAAAUUGAGCGCGGCAUCUCGCUCUUGGUCAGCUUGCAGCGCAGCAACCGCAACUGCACCGUGGCCGAGCAGAGCACGCGUUCCGACUGCGAGGACCCUUCGCUCACCCUUCUUCGCAACGUUCUUCCGCCUCAGUUCCGUCAACUUGGCUUCCGGUUUGGCGUCGUCUUGCCCGCCACUGUUUCCGGAGGCACCUUCAAGAUUUUCAUCCAGAGCGAGCGAGCCAUGGCUCUCAACUCGCGCCUCACCUUGUCCUGGGUCAAGCUUGCGGCCGAGUUCUCGGUGCUGUCCACUCGCCGUUCGGCAGACUCUCUUGUGAAUGAGCUGGCCCUCGCAGCCCAGACCGUCGGCCACGACCUCGAUGCGCCCCUGAGCCCCGAGUUGCUGCACGAGUACCACCAGCGCCUGCGCCGUGCGGGCGUGACUGGGUCGCUCGAAAUUUCGACCAACUUCCGCUUCCAAGCCGACCAGACCACUUUGCUGAGCUUCCAAGUGUCUGGCAAGGUCAUUGCCGACAGCACUGGCGUCAACGUUCGCGCGGUCGGAUACAUGUACGGAACUGGCUGGCGGAACGCCUUUGGCAUCACGGGCCUCACCCUGAACGCCGCCAGCGUCGGCAUUGGCUUUGGCUCGCUCUGCCCGCCUUGCCUGACCUACCUGCAGCUUGGAGCGUCUCUGUCCAUUGGUCGCCGACAGGUUUCCUUCCUUGGUGCCUUCGACCUGGCGGCCUAUGGCGGCUUUGUCAAGGCGUCGUACUCUGGCCAGCCCCUGACGUUGAUUGAUCUCUUGCAGUUUAUCAACACGCUCAAGCCCAACACAAUCAACAUGAACGCCGUGCCCGCCUGGGUGAGCGAUCUGCUGUCGCUCAACUCGCUGACCGUCCAAAUUGCGUCGUCGAACAUGGUCAUUCCGGACAUUACGCAAAUCACCGUUGACAAUGGCCUCGUGCCUUCGUCCCUGCCCAUGAUCUAUGUGCCCGCAGGCUUCCAGUUGAAUGCAUCCAUGACAGUGCUGGCCGUCGAUGUCGACAUUCAAACUUCGCUGCAGUUGUCGCCGCUCGACUUCCGCAUGUCCCUGUUCUUCUCGCUUGCCAAGAUCAACGCACGCGUCGACGCUUUUGUCGGCCUCUUGAGGAAUCUGGACGACAUCCCGAUCAUUGGCGACAUUUUGGACAUUCCGAUUGUCAAGGACAUCAUGUCCUUCCGCAUCAACUCUGUCGGCAUUGCUGACUUUAGCACGCUUGGCAUUGUCACUGGCAGCCAGCUUCCUUCCGCCAGCUUGUCGUACUCGUUCAAGGGCGAAACCAAGACGCUGACACUCUCCGUCCCGCGCCUCAACCUGGACAUUAUGGACUUGAUCAUGGAUAACGUGCCCCUCUUCCCCAACUGCCUGGUGAACAGCAUGUGCUCGAAUGGUCAGAAGUGCUACCAUAACGACAACGGCCUGUGGCGCUGUGGCGAUGUCGCUUCGGACGGCAAGUGCUUGAACGGCAUGUUUACCUUCUACGACACUGGCUGCUGGCCCAACGCCUUCCUCGACCAGUUCUUGGAUUGGUCUCAGGAUGUUGGCAAUGCCAUUACCAACGGUCUCAACGACGCCGAAGAUGGUGUCAGGGACGCCAUUGACAAGAUUGGCGGGAUUUUUGGAUGAGCCAAGUAGUCAGUCCUGUUUGUUAUGAAUCUCGGUCCUGCUUCUUGAUCACUCUUGUGUGGGGUUUUUUGUUCUUUGCAUUCGCUUACGAGACCUAUCAAGGGAACGUACGCCAUUUUCUUUUUCAUUGCUACGCCGUGUGUGUAUUUGUUUGUUGUGAGUUUGUUGUGAGUUUAUGUGUGGCGUGGGCUGCCAUUGUGUUGUUUGUCAUUUUUGUGUCGUGUUUUGUUUGCUCCUUCAUUGUUACUUCUCUUGAGAACCAGCGGCAACACUCCCUGUCCAUGUUUCAGCUGUGCUGACACGGACUCUUUUGCUCUGGCUUGUGUUUUUGCUUUUGUUGUGUGCGCGUUCCUGUGCGAACGACUCUGUACAUUUUUUGCCAAAAGCAUUGCUGUUGUCUGUGUCAUUUCCCACCUCCAGGUGUACAAUGGAUGUGUAUGCAAAUCGUGUUUAAGAGAACCAG